UUAAGCACCCUGAAUUUUUGACGCAGGUGCUCUACUUUACGACAGAAUUCGAGCAGUUCUUCACUGUCUGUCCCUCAGCAAUGUCCUCCAAGUUGAUUGUCACUAUCUUGGUGGCGUGCAUCCUUCAGGUUGCUUUAACCCUAAAACCCUUGGAAAAACUGUUGGUACCAAAACCAAACCCCAAUUUCAACGACAAGGCUUUUGAUAAGGCAAACAAGUACACGGUUGAUUUUCGGCCAAAAGGGACUCGCAAACAAGAAGAGUCCGCUGGAAAUGUGGCCAUUAAAGUGAAUGAUCAAAUUGUGGGCGGAAAAGAGGCAAGCCGCGGUCAAGUUCCGUGGCAAGCCUUGCUCACAAUUUCAAAACAGUACACAUGUGGCGGCUCAUUGAUUGAUCCGUCCUGGGUCAUGACAGCUGGUCACUGCUGCAAUGGUUUCAGCCCAUCUGACUACUUAGUUUCAUUGGGACUUGUCAACCGAACCGGCGCUGAGACGAGCAGGGUUGACGUCAACGUUACUGCAAUGUUCUUACAUCCUGAAUUUGAUGAAACAUUUUUGACCAAAGACAUUUGUCUUCUGAAACUGGAUAAAAAAAUUGACACCUCUGGCGUUUUCAUCACCACUGUGAGGCUUCCAAAAAUUGCUGAUGCAAAGAAAACGCUUUUUGGGUUAAGUGGAAUUGUCAGCGGCUGGGGAAAAUAUGAGGAUGAUGCCAGUGGCGAUACAAGCAAUGACUUGAAGUUUCUGAAUCGGAAAGUGAUUGAUACUAAGUUGUGCGCCAAACAAUACGGAAAUGUCACAGUUAACAGCGCAUUGAUGUGCAUUGGCAAUGGUGACAAACAAGGGUCGUGCAAUGGUGAUAGCGGCGGACCUUUCGUAGGGAAGGAAAAUGAUAACAAAUUCACGCAAGUUGGCCUCGUUUCCUUCGGUUCUGCUUACUCAUGCGUUGACUACCCGAGUGGCUUCACCAGGGUCUCUGCGUAUCUUGGCUGGGUCGCCAACGUUACUGGAGUUCAACCGAGGCCUUAAUUUUUCAAUUUGAUUGUGCACCAAAAUAAAAUUUUCCAUAUGCAA